AGAUUAAAAAACCAUUGGAACUAUCACUAAUAAUAAGAAGAAAACUGAAGUUUCUUGAAAUUCUUUGAAUGGAUUCAACUGGAACUGUAUGAACCAUGAGGUUCGCCGCCUCUUCUUCAUUCCUCUGGUUUGCUGCUGCAACUAUGUCUUCUUCCCGCGCAUCUUUUCGAGGAGGUCGAGGUUUAUGGCGGCGAGGGUUUUCGGAUCGGUCGAAUGAAAACACAGAGCCGUUCGUGAGCGGGGAUUCACAUUUCAGGUCCGUGAGGGACGCGAAUUACGGGUUCCGGCAGGGACGGAGAGGUAGUUUUGGUAGCCGUGGUGGGUUUCCGCUGCAAAAUUUCCGUUCACGGCCGCCUGUUGGCCAACCGCCUCCUCCUCGUACCCGGGGACCGAAACCAUUGGAUUACAGAAAUUGGGAAUACGCUUUAGAAAGACCACCCCCUCACUGUGAGCUAUUCACUGUCCUGUCAUACAAUAUACUUGCUGACUACCUGGCCAUGAACCAUCGCCGGGAGCUUUACUUUCACAUACCGACACAUAUCUUAGACUGGCAGCGGCGAGUUAGAAACAUAUUAUUCGAGCUUCGACUGUGGUCACCUGACAUCAUGUGUUUUCAGGAAGUUGAUAGAUUUCAGGACUUAGAGGAGGCUCUAAAACACCAAGGAUAUGAUGGCAUUUGGAAGAUGCGAACUGGUAAUGCAAUCGAUGGAUGUGCAAUUUUUUGGCGAAGAACAAGAUUCAAGUUGCUGCAUGAGGAGUCCAUUGAAUUCAAUAAGCAUGGACUACGUGAUAAUGUUGCCCAGAUUUGUGUUCUAGAGUCAAGCAGUUCAAAUGCUAGUGAAAAUGGGACUGCAGCUUUCCCAAGUUCACAUGCUAAUCGGGUUGUUGUAUGUAACAUCCAUGUGCUUUACAACCCUAAAAGGGGAGAAAUUAAGCUUGGUCAGGUUAGAGUGCUCCUUGAUAGGGCUCAUGGUGUUUCUAAGAUUUGGAAUGAUGCUCCACUUGUUAUUUGUGGUGAUUUCAACUGUACUCCAAAGAGCCCAUUAUAUAACUAUAUAUCAGAACAGAAGUUAAGUUUGUCUGGACUUGCUAGAGAUCGGGUCUCAGGGCAGCAUUCUGCAGAAAUUGCUGCACCAAGGUCAUUUAACCCUAAUUCAGGGGGUGUUUUGAACAGGGCUCAGACUACAAGUAAUACACUUGGAGCUUCAAUGUUGAUUGAUGAAACACAAAUUGGCAUUGAGCAGAGUAAUUGCUUCCCGGAUUUGCACGUACAGAAUAAGCCACAUACUGAUAAUGUCAAAUUCUCACCUUCAGUAGAAAACUUGUCUCCACCUCAGAGUGUUAAUUUUGUGCUAGACAUAUCUGACGUGCAGUGUGCAAAUGGAAACAACGUUUCUGCUGCAGCAGGAAAAGAAACAAAACAGGAUAUAAUAGAAGGUCGUAAGGAUGAAUUUGGCUCAUCUGUCCGUGUUCUAGAUGAUUGCUUAGAGGGAAGUCCAAGUACUAAUCAAAGGGAAGGUGGGCUUACUGUAGAUCUAGGAGAUGACAGUAGUCAUGAACUUACUCCUCCAGUAACUUCUUGCUGUGAUGAUUUUCAGCCUGGGGUUGUUGAAUCUGAAGAUGUGGAAGAAGUAAGAGGUAUCACUUCCAACUUGAUUCCUGGAUCCUUAAGUGAACAGUCCGAGUCAGAUUCAUUCAUUAAUGGUCUGAUGGUUGCAGCAAUGCCGGAGGAGGUCAUGCAUAAAGAUGUUGAAGGUGGAACUGUAGAUAUUGAUGUACUUGAUGAGAAGCCUGUUAAUGUGCCCAUUUCUGAUAUUUCUUCAUCUGAGCUGAUCACAGAUAUGUCGUCCCUUGGUGGUGCUGAAAUCUCUGUUCUUAAAAGCUCAGAACUAUUUUCAUCUGAGCAACUCACCACAAAAGAGAAGUCUAAUCCAUCAACACAUUACGUGUCUUCAGAUCAGAAGCUGGUUGACUUAUCAAUUGACAAGCUAGAUGAAGCUACAGGCAAAAAUGAAAAUGUAGGUGAAGAUCAUAGUUCAUUUUCACCUGAGAAAUACAAUACUGAAGGCAUCUGUGGAAUUGAGCUUGACUGCAACAAUUUCAUAGGACCUAGUUCUUUAGAGACCGACCAGUUUUUAGAAGAAUGCCUUGAUGUUCCAAACAAGUCACUAUUGGAUCCACCAAGUGUUGAAAUUCAGGAAGAGUCCUCACUGCACCUGGAGACUGAGCCUACCAUGACAGAGAAAUAUGCCUAUGACCCUAACUUAUGGACUCCAGUGGAAAUAGAGACAGCAUCAGGAAAUUCAGAUUGCAAACUUCUUGAACAUCCUCUAAAGUUAAAAAGUACAUAUGCAGAAGUUGAGGAUUAUUCUGGAACGAGAGGCCCAUGCAGAGAACCUGAAGUUACUAGUUAUAACAAGAGAUUUUUGGGUACUGUUGACUAUAUGUGGUGUUCGGAAGGUCUCCGGACUGUCAAAGUGCUCGACACUAUACCAAAGCAUGUUCUGCUGCAACUAACUGGUGGAUUCCCAACACAUAAAUGGGGUAGUGAUCAUAUUGCCCUGGCUUGUCAACUGGCAUUUGCUAAAAAUACAGACCAAUCGUAAGAAGCAGGCUUUCAGUGUAUUCCUAACGUGGAAGAAGCUUGUUAUUGAAUGGGAUUGAUUAAUUUGUGGAGUAAAGGGAUGGCAGCAAAGAAGACGCAACUACCCGCCUCACAAUGCGUGCCUGAUGUUGAAUUAUACCACUGCUGCUUCUUAAGAGUGUAUGGUGCUGCUGCCCUACAUGCUAUUGGGGAUUAUCCGUUUUCAUAUUGCAGCUUUAGAUUGCUUGCAAGUAAAAACAAUUGUGGUGCUCUUUUCAUCUUGUACAUAUUAAUUAUCUGUAAUCCGCCCCUCCCACCCCCUUUUUUUUUUUCCUAACCCCCUUUUCUUAAUUUUUAAUUUGAUGAGUUGUAGACUAGAGACUAUUAAAUUAUUUUUUAUGGCAUAAACUAGAAAAACCCAUGCUAGGAUUUGACUAUUUGAAGUCGGCUUUGCAUUGUGCAAUUUGCAUUUUAUGCUAUGUGCU